AAACUGCCGUCAGUCGACAAUUUACCAGACCGUAUUUUUAUCACAGUACAUUGUUUUUUAAUACACGCAAUAAAACAAUUACAGAUCAGCUUGGUUGACCAUGGCGACCACUCCUCCGCCCGGCUUGUUGCGAGAUCCGCAUGCCCCCAGGCACGGUGCUGGCUAUGACUCUUACGAACCAUAUCCGACACGGCACUCUAUGAGGCUCGAAAGACAGAGAGCGAGGGAAAGGCAUACAACUCCCCCACCUCCAUCUCCCAAGAAAGACGUUCGUCAGAACAACAUAGGCGCCUUGUCUCCUCCAAGAACUCGGUCCCCACGAAAAUUCCUUCGAGGAAAAACGCCUUCUGCCAGCGAGAAUACUGGUUUUGAUCUGUCUGAUCUCUCUGACAGUGCACCAACGUCGUCUUUCAAAAACCUACGUGCAGCCAUGCCUCUGCCGCCAGGCUCAACCGUCCUUCCAACUCCUGCAAAGACUCCCUCCACCAACAAAAAAUCGUAUCAUGAAUUAGGCACUGUUGCGAGAUCUCUCUUCCCUACUGCAUCUUCAUCUUCAGCUCGUGUAAAGAAGGCCAAAAAGGCUUCUGGAUUUUCUCUCGAUAGCUUUGAAGAGUGUGACGGUAAUAACAGUUCAAUCGAGAUAUUUACCGACUCUCGCGAUCGCAUUCCGCAAGUCAACGAUAAAACCGACAAUCCUUUUGCAAAGAAGUCUGAGACAAUCAUGCCUUCUGCAGAGCCAACAGCCCCUAAACGCCGUAAACUGACAUCUCGUUCGACCCCUGAGAUCGACCCAAAGGAAGCAGUGAAGCGUGGUGAUGGAAUGUUGUACACGUUUCGUGGAAAGAAGGUUUUCCGCAAGUUUGACGAGAAGGACGAAGAAAAGGAGGAAAGUGACGAUGAUGGCGAUCUUGGCCUUUUUGCCAAUCGACCAGACUUGCUCGAUGCCAAUAUCAUGCUUCAUACCCCUCGUCUCACUCGCUCAUCCAUAAAAGGCCGCGUCCUAUUUCCCACAAACGAAACCCAAUCAACUGAGCGGCAUCUUUCCCCAGCUCCCGACGAUGAUGAAGAGGCGGCUACGGAUAUUGAUGAACAUGUCGACGUCGUCGAAGACGACAGUCUUAUCGAAUCUGCCGAAGAUCCCGCAGAAAACACAUCAAAACGUUCUCUUCGCACUCGGGCGUCUGGUCAGUCUAGCGAGGAGAAGCCAACUCCAACAUUUGCUGUUGUCGCCGAGACCAAGAAGGGCAAACGUGGAAGUCCAUUUGACAUCUGGAUGAGGAAGAAACAGUCUCCUGUUGAAGCUUCUGUGCCCAAAAAGCGUGAGGCUGAAAGCUCCCCCCUCAAUGCUGUACCUGCCACAAAAAAGACCCGUAGCAAUCAAUGACCAGCAAAUGAAAAUAUUUUUCCAAAUUGGGUCAUUCAAGGUGUUACUAUCAGUCAAGGCGCGUCGGUAAUGGACUUUGUUAAGUCGGUCUUUUUAGCUGAAGUUUUACAACUGAACGAUUUUCUUAGUUGGAUACAGGCGGAGUUUGGG